AUGAACUCCAAAGGAGAUUGGAUAGGGGAAGGGUCACCGGUGUCACAGGAGACACUGACCUCACCCUUCACGGAAGACAUCAUGGCCCAACCCCUGCCAAGGGAUUUUCGCUUCCCGACCAUAAAGCUCUAUUCGGGGUCGGUCUACCCUCGAGCUCACAUCAACAGAUAUCGGACGGCGAUCAUGAUGACGGACGCGAGCGACACCGUUAUGUGUCGAGGCUUCUUCGCGACCUUGGACGGCCAAGCCCAAAAUUGGUUCACGACUUUACCCGAGGGAUCCAUCUCAUCCUUUUCUGACCUCUCGGGGCGGUUUCUAUCACACUUCGCAAGCAGUAUCCCGAAAAAGAAACAGUUCGCCACCAUGUGCAAAUUAGAGCAAGGGAGCGCGGAGAGCCUGACCGACUACCUAGCCAAAUGGAAGAGGGAGGCAAGAUCGGUCGGGAAUUUCAAUGAAAAGACGGCCAUACCGAUAUUCAUCGCCAAUGUCAGAUCAAGUCCUUUCCACCGUGACCUCGUCCAGAACCAACUGAAGUCUUACGCGACAUUGUUGGACCGAGCAACGAGGUUCGCCGAGGCAGAAGAAGCUGAGCGGAAGAAGAAGGAAGAGGAGAGGUGUCGCCGAGACAAGGCACCCCAAGAGGAUCGCCGGGCUCCAAGGCCCCCGCGUCAAGGACCACGGUUGUCCCCGCUACGCUGUCUCACGCCCUUGACACACCCACUGAGUGCCAUCCUGGAGCACACAGAUAGGACACGACACACCGAAGAGUGUAUGGUCCUCAAGCGACAGAUCGAGGAGCUCAUACAAAGGGGCUACAUCGGCCAAUCUUUUAAAAGAUCGGGGCAGGGUCGACCUCAAGGACCCGGCAGCGUAUGGAAGAAGAAGGGCGGCUCCGAGCCACCCGCUUCCGGGUCACACAAGAGGGAGCUCGGGCAGUUCACUGAGGAGGAAGAGAAGGAGUUGGACGAGCCCCACCUGCAUGAGAAGGAGCAGAGGAGGGAGCCUAUUACCUUCACGGAUGACGACCUCCCGGAUGGGCCCCUACCGCAUCGUGAUGCCUUGGAGAUCACCCUAGACAUCAAUAACAUCAUCGUACACCGAGUGUUGGUGGGCACGGGGUGCUCAGUGAACGUCAUGUAUUAUAACACGUUCACCAAGCUUGGCCUGUCAAUGAAACAUUUAGCACAAGUCAGAACCGCGUUGUCCGGGUUCACGGGGGACUCCAUCGGGAUAAAGGGUUCCAUCAACCUCGAGGUGGAGAUAGGCACAUAG